GUAGCGAUACAUCUUGCGCGAUAUUUCUGCUUUGAUCCGACCCGGAAGUAAUAUUAGCAAUUUCUGGCGUGCAGUUUUUGUCCUGCUAAUGUUGGAUUGUAGUGUGUCGGGGUUCAGUACUGUAGCUGUAGUUGUAUCUAUAAAGGACUUACUAUAAGGAAUCUGAGGCUGUGGAGACAUGGUGGGCUUUGACCCUGGGGCUCAGGGUGCAGGCCUCGCCCCAGAGGAGGCAGCCCUGGCUGGGUCAGCUGCUGGGAUGGUCACCCGAGCCCUCAUCAGUCCCUUUGACGUGCUUAAAAUCAGAUUUCAGCUGCAGAUUGAGCGUGUGUCUUCACAGAGGCCGGAGGGGAAGUACUGGGGUUUAUUUCAGGCAUCCCGCUGCAUUUAUUCAGAGGAGGGACUCUCUGCUUUCUGGAAGGGCCACAUCCCCGCACAGCUCCUCUCCAUCUGCUUCGGAGCUGUCCAGUUUGCCAGUUUUGAGUUUCUGACUGAGGUGGUCCACAAGACGACGCCAUAUGACAGCCAGACAGCAGGAGUUCACUUUAUGUGUGGCGGUUUGGCUGCCUGCUCUGCUACAGUGGUCUGCCAGCCUCUGGACACACUGCGGACACGCUUUGCAGCUCAGGGAAAACCCAAGGUGUAUAGGAACCUGCGACACGCUGUGUCUACAAUGUGCCGCUCAGAGGGAGUACUGACAUUUUACCGCGGCCUGUCUCCAACAAUGUUGGCAGUGUUUCCUUACGCUGGGCUGCAGUUCUUCACCUACAAUCUCUUUAAAAAGCUGUUGGCUCCACCACCCAAAGCUGGAAAGUCAGGAGGAAACCUGAGAAGCCUGCUAUGUGGCAGUGGAGCUGGAAUCAUCAGCAAAACAGUCACAUACCCCUUUGACCUCUUCAAGAAGAGACUGCAGGUGGGGGGCUUUGAGGCAGCCAGAGUUCACUUCGGACAAGUGCGGAGUUAUAGAGGCUUGGUGGACUGCGUGGUUCAAAUAGCCAAAGAGGAGGGCGUCCGAGGCUUCUUCAAAGGCCUCUCUCCCAGCCUUGUGAAGGCUGCGUUGUCGACAGGCUUCACCUUUUUUUGGUAUGAAUUUUUCCUCAAUGCCAUGCAUGACCUCAAGGAGAGACGGAGAACAAAUGGCCUCACCAAAGAACUAGAGAAAAGAUAAUGGGAAAAAAAAAAGAUGGCACAUCGGAAAUAGAAUCACGCCUUGUUCUUUGCUUGCACUUAACAAAUGUAUCAGCUGGGUCGAAGUUUGGUGGUGGUUUCUGUUGUGUUUACAUAUAAGGAUGGGAAAACUAAUUGUUUCUGUGCCGUCAUUACACCUUGUGUUGUACAAGCAUUGGAUUUUUUUUUUUUAUGUAUUUCAAUAUUUUAGUCUGGAUUUUUAAGGUUUAUGGAUGCUUGUUUGUAAAAGAUAAAUGUCAUUACAACAUUUUAUGUUCACACUGAACUUUUUAAGCUCUGACUUUUAUUAAUGAGUCAUAACUUUUAGCCAUUGUUGACUUGCAUUUUCUUGACAUUUAGUCAAGUUAAAUUGGAAGAGGAAUAUUCAGCAAAAUAUGCUUUGAUUGUGUAUGUGUAUAAACAAAAACAUGAACACUGAAGUGAGUGUAAUAUUUAUUAUAUUAUGUACAAUGGUGGGCAAUCCAGCAUCCUGUUGACUAUAGGCCAAAUGCACCACUAAUUAAGAGUUUACAGUUAGUUUGUCCUGCUAAGUUAAACUCUUAUAAAGGGGCUGUGGUUGUGCCUACGUGUCUGUCCAACACUGUAACUUUCAGGUCAUUAUUUUUACAAUAAAAGUUUUUAUAAAGACCGA